UCAUCACGGUGCUGGAGAGGACGGCCAUGGAGCUGGCUUUAUUCCAGCAGGGCAGCAGGCGCUGGGACACAGCAGAGAGCCACCUGCUGGAUUUGUGUGUGUUGUUGUUCCGGGUCUCGUAUGACAGCUCGGGGACGCCGACGCUCGGCCGUCUGCUGGCUCACAGCCGCCGCUCGGUGAGAAGGUUUGUGGGCUGCGACGUCAUGCUGGAGCCGGGAGAAUACGCCGUGCUGUGCUGCGCCUUCAACCACUGGCACAGCACCGAGGGGACGAGUGAGACCGCCAGCACCCUUUCGAGCUGCGGCCGACCGGAGGAGCCUGGUUACAUGCUGGCAGUCUACAGCUCCAGGCUGGUGAUGGUGGAGCAGGUAACGGCCUCCAACACCGUCAUCGCCGACGCCGUCAUCCAGCUGACAGAAACCAAAGGAGAGAGACACGAGGGUCGAGAGGGGAUGACCUGUUACUACCUGACCCACGGCUGGGCGGGGCUCAUAGUCAUGGUGGAGAACAGACACCCGAGACAUCACCUCCACGUGUCGUGUGACUGCAGCGACAGCUUCAACGUGGUGUCGACGCGCAGCAGCCUCAAAACCAUCGACAGCAUCCCUCCUCUGCACAGGUUCACUGCAGCACACAGGCCGUUAAUAUCAGACUCACUUAAUGUGUUCUUGAAAGUGGCUCUGGUGUUUGUUUUAAUAACCUGAUGGUAAAUAGUUCCACCCUGUAAUGAGGGACGUCACCAUAUCAGAAGUUGAGUAUAUACCAGUGAAGUUCCACGAUUCUCUCAAACAUCUGUAAACUUGAAUACGUUUACAUUUUAACCCACCGUGUGUGUGUGUGUGUGUGUGUGUGUGUGUGUGUGUGUGUGUGUGUGUGUGUGUGUGUGUGUGUGUGUGU